AUCGAUAAUCUCAACAAUGUUUUGGAAACUAAGAAAUCUUUGUUUAAUGAAUUGAUGACUAGUUUUGAGUUUUAUAUAUCGUAUCAUAUAUUUCGUAAACUCAUAAAAUGUGUGCAAUAUUUACACGAAAAGCAUAUCAUUCAUAGAGACCUCAAACCGGAUAAUGUGUUGAUUACACGGAAAGGGAGGAUAAAGUUAUGUGACUUUGGUUUGGCUAAAGAGGUCCCAAAUUGUGAUCCGUUUCUUACGUCUAAAAUCAAACAUACGGCAGAUGUGGGAACUGUUGAUUAUAUGGCACCGGAAGCCCAGACUAAUGAAUACAACCACUUAAUAGAUAUCUACAGUCUAUCUCUAAUAGGGUCUCAAAUCUUUGGUUUCAAUGUAAACGAUAUAAUCGACGGAAAAUGUAAUUCCCUGUUAAGAAAAGUUUUACAAGUGUUCAACAUG